UAUGGCGGUGUACUUACGCAGAUUAACUAUCAUUGCUAAAUUAGUUGAAAAUUACUACUAAUUUACUACUAACAUUCACACAAAAGCAAACCAAAAACAUGGCGUCGCCUUUGGAGCAAUUUGUAAACAAUGUGAGGACUAUGUCCGCAUCAGGUAAUUUUCGCGAAUUGUGUGAAGUGAUCAGCAAAUCUGAUGAGGUGCUCCAGCGCAACAGUGCCCACCUGAACACAGUGUUGGAAACGUUGGAUAUUCAGCAGCAUUCACUUGGUGUUCUUGCAGUAUUGGUGGCCAAGUUUUCAUUACCUCCAGGCAACAAUGACGUAGAUAGAACUACAAUGUACCAACAAAUCCAUGAUUUCAUUAACAACUGCAAUGGGGAGCAAGUCCGUUUUUCACCUGAUCUUUAUGCCGAUCUCUGCCACCUCUUAACUGACCAUCUAGUUGAAGUGAAGCAGCCCAUCAGGGGAAUAGAAAUCCUAAAAAAGGCAAUCAGAAAGAUUCAGUUAUUUGACUCCCAGCUAACAUCUAUCCAUGCUGAUCUAUGUCAGUUGUGCUUGCUGUCCAAAUGCUUAAAACCUGCACUUGAUUUCUUGGAUACUGAUGUCACUGGAAUUGGAUCUGAGCUUGGAGGCAACAAUGAUUCAAAACAUUUCUUACUCUACUAUUUUUAUGGGGGCAUGACCUAUACAGCAAUGAAGAACUAUGACAGAGCUCUGUAUUUCUUUGAAGUGGUGGUGACAGUUCCUGCUAUGGUUGUAUCGCAUAUCAUGCUUGAAGCUUACAAGAAAUACAUUUUAAUCUCCCUUAUUCUGCAUGGAAAGGUUUUGCCUAUGCCAAAAUACACUUCGCAAGUGGUAUGCCGCUUCCUCAAGCCAUUGUCCGUCGCGUACCAUGAGCUAGCUACCAAUCAGCAUGCCGCCAUGAAGCAUAGGGAGACAUUCAUUAGGGAUAAAAAUAUGGGAUUAGUUAAUCAGGUCACAAGUUCAAUGUACAAGAAAAACAUACAGAGGCUUACAAAAACUUUCUUGACCCUCUCUCUGAGUGACGUAGCGUCGCGAGUGCAGCUUACUGGACCUGCACAAGCUGAAACCUACAUUCUCAAUAUGAUUGAAGAAGGCGAAAUAUAUGCAAUGAUAAAUCAAAAGGACGGAAUGGUAGUAUUCCUAGACAGUCCCGAAAAAUACGCGUCACCAGAGACAUUGUCUAUUUUGGAACAACAGAUGGCAGCCUGUACAAAACUUCACCAGUACAUUCAAGAAAUGGAUGAGCAAAUUCAAGUCAAUCCACAGUAUGUAAAGAAAUCAGCAGGCAGCCAUGAAGAAGACAUACCAGCCACUAGCCAGAACUCAAAAACCACUUAUUCAAUGUAAUUUCAUUUAAUUUAAGUCAUUUUAUAUUAUAGCCCCCAGUAUAAUAUUUCAAAUCCAGUGCAAAGUGCAGUUUCACUGUAUGAAAGGAAUACAUUACCCUAUAAACCAAGUAAAAAAACAAUAAAAUAACCAACAAUUUUAUAAAGCCUCAUGGACAGCUUCUGUAAAGGCAGUCAUGCUUUCCAAUGGAGUUUGAGGUGUAAUGCCAUGCCCUAAGUUUGCUAUAUACCUGUGCUUUCCAAACUUCUGCACCAUCUCUAUUGUUAACCUUUUGAUUUCCUCCUGAAACAAAAGUAUGUAAGUUAAAAGUAUUAAAUUUUUAGCAAUAUUGUGAUAUUAGUCGCCU